UAUUCAUAAACAACAUAGCUAGUGGGCUUUUCUGUUACAGUAUCUGGAUUGUUUGUUUGCUUUAAAUAUGCUGAAAAAGAAACCAAGUGGUUCGGAAAAGAAAAGGAAACACUCGCACUCCGAAGAACGACAGAACAGCAACAAACGCCGCAGCUCUGAGUCACAAUUAGAGGACUCCAAAGAUGAGCUCGCCGACCCCGAGCUUGACCGGGUCGGCAGCGACAUCGAGGAAGGCGGCCUCGACCUCAGCGUGCCCUUCCAGCCAAUCAAAGCUUACGUCAGCAACAAGCGGGAGAUGCUGCAGCAGUGCUUCCACGUGCUGGGGGAGAAGAAGGUCCGGAAGAUGCUGCCCGAUGAGCUCAAGCAGGACUGCAGUUUAGAAGAAAUCAAAACGCUCUGUUGGGAGCAGCUGGAACCGAUCUCGGAGAAAAAUCUCACUCAAAUUUUAGCGGGAGAAGAGAUAACAGCCGGCAAUGGUGAUGGAGGGACUUUGGAGAGCCAACAGGAUAACAAUGUUGACUCCACUUCCUGCUUGAAAGAAAGCGCUAAAACCGAUGACGCAAAACAAGCAGAGGGAGGUGGCUCUGGCGAGGAGAGCGACGUCCUGAGCAUAAACGCAGACGCUUACGACAGCGACAUCGAGGGGCCGAAGGAGGAGCAGGCCGUUAAAGCCGACGAGGUGGUCGCGAAACUGGAAAACGCCGGCGACGGUGGCGAGCGAUCUGACGAGGCCUCCGCAAACCCCAAGCCGGCUGCUCCAGAGACAAAGGACAUUCAGACUGACAUAGACAAAAGCGUCAGCGAAAUCCUAGCUCUCUCUUCAACUUCGAGUAAAGAGGAAGCUGCGGAAGAGAGCAGCGGGACGUCGCAGCCCGCGGGCGUCGAAGCGGCCGCUCAGGGCGGAGCUUCGGUUUGUUCGCCGUCGAUUCAGCAGCUGGAGCUGCUGGAGCUGGAGAUGAGGGCGAGGGCCAUAAAGGCUCUGAUGAAAGCUGGAGACAAGAAAAAACUUUGUAUGACAAACAUUUAGCCUGUUUUGCUGAAAGUUGUAUUUAAUUCUUCCUAUGUAGAGCUUUUCACAUUUGACUUGAACUGAACUCGUAUGAUCUGAGCUAUCUUAAGACCUUACGGAAUGUCUUCAUCAAAAUAUUGUUUUUUUAUGCAUAUAAUAGUUAUAAAUGCGUUAUGGGAUCAGGGUUCCUACGCGCCUUGGAAAAGUCUGGAAUUCAUUCGCAGGUUUUCUGAGUCUGGAUUUCUGAGGAAAAAGAAAACGGAGCAUGGGAAAAUACUGUUGGCAGAUUUUGUUUCCCCAUGUCAUUCUUUAGUAAUUUUCUUUAUUCGUUCCUUCUUUCUUUACUGCCUCUACUUCCUUUUAUUUUUGUUUUCCUUUUUAUCUCAUUUCCCUUUCCAUCUCCAUUUCUUCUUUCCUUUUGUGUUUUUUUCAUUUCUGCCUUUCUUUAUUUUUCCUCCCUUCUUCUCUGCCAUCAACCCUGUUUAUUUUCUUUUCUUCCAUUUAUCUUGUUGCUUCCAAGACCUUCCUUUCUUUUACCUUUUCCAUCCUUGUUUGCUCCCUUUCUUUCUUCCUUCAUGCAUUCCUGCUUUCGCUCGUCAUUUUCUUCUUUUUUGUCUUUCUUCCUCACUGCCUCACUUUCUUGUUCCCUACUCGAAAAACAAAAAAAGUAGACUUGACUUCUUCCAUUAAUCCCUAACGUCUUUCUCUCUGUUCUUCCUUUUUUCCAUUCUUUCCUUCCCUCAUAAAUCAUUGUAUCUUACUAUUUUCCUUCUUUCUUUAUUUCGUCUCCUUUUUCUACCCUGUUUUCCUUCUUACAUUUGUCAAUUCAAAGUUAAUUUUUUUUAUUUAUGCUUGAAAAGAAGUGUAAAAAAUUAGAAUUUGACAAAUUUCAGCCUGGGAAAGUGUUGGUUUUAAAGAUGACAAGUGGUCAUUUCCCUUUACGGUCACUAGAUGGCAGUAGCACUCUGUCCCCGAACAGUGCAGGGACUUGACCGCAGUAAUGUGUGCAGGACUCCCACUGUAUAGAUUUUAGUGGCUCGUGUUACAGUGAUACUGCGGCUCCCGUUUUAGCCAGCAUUAGAACUGAACAUCACUGGGAGCAGCUAUUUGAAACGAAGCCGUGUCCGGUCUGUUGGAGUAUUUAGACCCAGGUCAACGUUUUCACACUAAAACCACAGAGUAUAUUACAAACUCUGCCUCUUUAAGUCUAAUUCUGAUUUCUAAAGUUGUUUGAAUUCACGCCAUCCUUUCAUUCAAAAGGUUUUCUGUCAGUUUGACAAAGAGUCGCUUUUUCUGAAUACCAAUCGUUCAGUGUUUGCGCGAGGCUACACUUUCCGAGUGAAAUAUCUCUGCACCCUGCCGCCGCCCCUACAGCACUCAAUGAAAUGUGCAGUAAGAACCCAGUUGCCUCUUCAAGCUAUUUGCAUUUAAAAGGUUUAUUUCAUGGUAGAGGUGAGGGUGGGAGGGUUAAAUGUGUCAUUUUCUGUGUAUUUAUCCAAAGGUGUCUUAGCGUUCCCCAAGGAUAGAAAAGAGAGAGAAAGAAAAAAAGUCUACUUUGGUAAAGACGUUGAGAUGCUUGUUACAUCUGCGUCUGGUGUCCUUAUACCACCAUUAGAAGGCCAAUUACGAUCUGGUUGGUAUGAAUAAAACAUCACCUCAGAACAAGCUUAUAGGCUGAAAAAUAGUUGAUGAUACUUUCUGAAUUCAGACGAACCCUAUGAUCCAUGUUAACAUAUCGAGCCGCAGCUUUUUCAAAGUGAAAAGAAGGUCACACUUAAAGAAUAAGAACAGUUCAUCUGUUUUGACGACACC